GUGUGCGCAAAAGCGAAGCGCUCUCCAAGGGUCGGGCGGUGCUGGCUGCUUCCGUCGCCUUGGCUGGGAUUGAGCUAGAGCUUUACUCUCUUUUUUAUAUAUAUAUAUAUAUAUAUACCUUCCUAACCUGCUCAGGAUUUUUUUUUUGUGGGGGUGGAGAAGGGGCUGUUUAACCCACCCACUCAAAAAAAACGAACAACGAAAAGCGAUUAUUUUGGACGGGAAGCUUGGAAGAAGCUCUCCGUUUGGUGGGGUGGAGCUGGGAAGAAUCGCAGCAGAAAGGAGAAGGAAAAGCGGAGCCAAGACGGGACCCCCACCUGCCUGAAACGACCAACCGCCAUUGGGAAUUGAGACAUUGAGAAAAGAUUGGAAGGAAAAGGGGCAAUAGGAAAACCUCUUUCUUCCUCUUGGAGUCCUUAAAAGUCGGGUUUGGAUUUUUUUCCCCUAUUCUUUUCCUCGUUUGUUUGAAAGGGUUGCUUUUAUUGCCGACACCAUUUUUUUUGCUGCCUGAGCCCCUGUGGACAGCAAGGCACGGCUAUGCGCGUGGGGAGCCCGAGCUUCGUGAAACUCAGGUGUUGGCUGCUAUCAUGACUGAUGGCGAGAGGAGAGAACACUUCCAGCCACUGGCCAGCGACGAGGUCCGGGUCCCCAUAGCCUCCGGCUCCGCCCCUGGGCAGGUGCCCCAAUCUGGGGUGGAGAACGAUGAGGACACCCUCAGUGCUUGCAAAUCCCUCCAGGAAAGCUUUGUCUCAUCAGUGGAGUCGCCCACCCGGGAUCCAACCCAAGAUGGAGAAAGCCCUUACCCUGCGCUGGCGUCCACCGUUUUCUUCUGCCUGGACCAGAAAACUCGGCCACGGAGCUGGUGCCUCAAACUGGUCUGUAACCCCUGGUUUGAGCACGUCAGCAUGCUGGUGAUCCUCCUGAACUGCGUCACGUUGGGGAUGUUCCAGCCGUGCCAGGACACCAAGUGCAAGUCGGAGCGGUGCACCAUCUUGGAGGCAUUUGACCAUUUCAUCUUUGCCUUCUUUGCGGUGGAGAUGGUCAUCAAGAUGGUGGCUCUGGGGAUCUUUGGGCAGAAAUGCUACCUAGGAGACACCUGGAACCGCUUGGACUUCUUCAUCGUGAUUGCCGGCAUGAUGGAGUAUUCUUUGGAUGGGCACAACGUCAGCUUAUCCGCCAUCCGGACGGUCCGGGUACUUCGGCCUUUACGAGCCAUUAAUAGGGUUCCGAGUAUGCGCAUACUGGUGACCCUCCUGCUAGAUACUCUGCCUAUGUUAGGCAACGUCCUUCUUUUAUGCUUCUUUGUCUUUUUCAUCUUUGGGAUCGUCGGCGUCCAGCUCUGGGCCGGGCUGCUACGCAACCGGUGUUUCAUGGACACCAAUUUCCAAAUGUCCUACAACUUGACUUUCCUGCAUCCGUACUACCGGCCGGAGGAAGGGGAGGAGAACCCGUUCAUCUGCUCGUCGCACCGGGACAACGGCAUGCAGAAGUGCUCGGGCAUCCCCAACCGCAAGGAGUUCAAGGUGGAGUGCACGCUGAGCAUGGACUCCUACAGCCCCCAGGCCUACCCCGUGGACCUCAGCAGCCGCAACGGCUGUAUAAACUGGAACCAGUACUACAACGUUUGCAGGACGGGCGACUUGAACCCGCACAGCGGAGCUAUUAAUUUUGAUAAUAUUGGCUAUGCUUGGAUAGCUAUCUUUCAGGUCAUAACCCUGGAAGGAUGGGUCGACAUCAUGUAUUAUGUCAUGGAUGCGCACUCUUUUUACAAUUUUAUAUAUUUUAUACUACUUAUAAUAGUGGGUUCUUUCUUCAUGAUCAACUUGUGCCUGGUUGUGAUAGCAACACAGUUUUCCGAAACGAAGCAGCGGGAGAACCAGCUCAUGCAGGAGCAGCGGGCGCGCUACCUCUCCGACGACAGCACAAUCGCCAGCUUCUCCGAGCCGGGAAGCUGCUACGACGAACUCCUCAAGUACCUCUGCCACAUAUACCGGAAGGCCAAGCGCCGGACUUUGCGCCUCUACAACAACUGGCAGAGCAAGCGGCGGAAAAAGGUGGACCCGGACGGCGGCGGCGGCGGGGGGCAAGGGCCUCCGCGGAAGAAGCGGGUCCCGUCCGUCCACCACCACCACCAUCACCACCACCACUACCACCUCAGCAACGGCACCCGUGCCAAUCCGGAGGGCGGGGAUCUCGAACUCAGCGUGGUGAAGCCCAGCAGCCCGCUGCCGUCGUUGUCGCCGCACUUCAGGAACCCUCCGGAUUCGGAGUCGGUGCGCAGCAUCUACCACGCCGACUGCCACGUGGAAGACGCCCGGGCCAAAUGCAAGUCUCCCAACGUCCGGCUGAGCCACCACGGAGGCAGCAUGAACUACCCGACCAUCCUGCCCUCUCCCGUGGGCAAAGGCAGCCUGGCCACCGUCCCCAAAGCGAGGCCGGCCGGAGGAGGGGCCGGAGGGGGCAACGGCUGUGCCACGCCACUGGCCAUGGUCAAGAGCCCGGCCCACUUCAACAUGGGUUCCUUUGAGAAGCUCCAUCAUUUGGUUGGAGAACACGGUCUCUGCCGGACUUCGAGCCGGUUAUCCGGACUCAACGUCCCGUGUCCGCUGCCCAGCCCUCAGUCCAACAUGUCGAACUGCGAGCUCCAGAACUGCCCUUACUGCGCCCAAAUCCUGGAGGAUCCCGAGUUCGAGUGCAGCGAGUCAGAGAGCUGCGAGUCCGAGGAGGAGAACAACGGGGUCUACGAGUUCACGCAGGACGUCCGGCGGGGGGACCAACGGGACCAGAUCCAGCAGCAACGGAGCAAGAAGAAGCGGAGGAAGAAAGUGCCCAAGGAGCAGAACCGAAUCUGCCGGGUCUGGAAGGCCUUUGGGGAGAAGCUGACACGGAUCGUGGAGAGCAAGUACUUCAACCGGGGCAUUAUGAUCGCCAUCCUCAUCAACACCCUGAGCAUGGGCAUCGAGUACCACGAACAGCCGGAGGAGCUGACCAACGCCUUGGAGAUCAGCAACAUCGUCUUCACCAGCAUGUUUGCCCUGGAGAUGGUCCUCAAGCUCCUGGCCUUCGGACUCUGGGGUUACAUCAAGAACCCCUACAACAUUUUCGAUGGCAUCAUUGUCGUCAUCAGCGUCUGGGAAAUCAUUGGCCAGGCGGACGGCGGCCUCUCGGUGCUGCGGACCUUCCGCCUCCUUCGCGUCCUGAAGCUGGUGAGGUUCAUGCCGGCCUUGCGGCGCCAGCUGGUGGUCCUGAUGAAGACCAUGGACAACGUGGCCACCUUCUGCAUGCUCCUCAUGCUCUUCAUCUUCAUCUUCAGCAUCCUCGGCAUGCACCUUUUUGGCUGCAAAUUCGGCCUGAAAACGGAUACGGGUGACACCUUGCCGGAUCGGAAGAACUUUGACACCUUGCUGUGGGCCAUCGUGACGGUUUUUCAGAUCCUCACCCAAGAAGACUGGAACGUGGUGCUCUACAACGGGAUGGCCUCCACUUCCUCCUGGGCUGCCCUCUAUUUUGUGGCCUUGAUGACCUUUGGAAACUACGUCCUCUUCAACCUCCUGGUUGCCAUCUUGGUGGAAGGUUUCCAAGCGGAGGGCGAUGCCAACCGGUCGGACACGGAUGAGGACAAAACCUCCAUCAACUUUGAGGAAGAGCUGGAGAAGCUGAAGGAACUUCGUGCUUCGGAGUUGAAGAUGUACUCUCUGGCCGUGACGCCCAACGGUCACCUGGAGGGCAAGGGCAGCAUGCCGCCACCUAUCAUCCUGCGCACUGCCGCCACGCCGAUGCCCUCCCCCAAGGGCUCCCCGCACAUGGACUCGGUCUACCCCUUUCUGGACUCCCGGAGAGGGAGCAACGCUUCGGUCGACCCCAUGAGCUUUGACCAGAAAUCCUUGUCCAGCCUCCGCAGCACCCCUUGCGCCCACUGGGGCACCAGUAGCAACUGGGGCAGCCGCCGCUCCAGCUGGAACAGCCUGGGACGGGCCCCCAGCCUGAAGAAGAAGAGCCAGUGCGGGGAACGGGAGUCCUUGCUCUCCGGCGAAGGCAAGGGCAGCACCGACGACGAGGCCGAGGACAACAAGCUCAGCGCCGCGGGAAGGACGCCGCUCCACUGCCGGGCCGAAUCCUUGGAUGUCCGGAGCACCUUGGAGCUUCCGGAGCUGCUCCAAGUAUCCGGCGUCCACCAUCCCUUGAGCCUGGCCCCCGUGGCCGUCCUCCCCGCCGAGUAUCAGGACUGCAACGGGAAAAUGCUUCACGUGCCCAAUGAGUUCUACCUGCACAUGGACGGCCACAAGGACGAACUGCUGGACUUGGAGGAUGACCUGGAGGAUAGUUACUGCUACCGGAUCCGCAAGGCCUUGGAGCCCUACAAGCCGGAAUGGUGCAAGACUCAUGAGGACUGGUCUCUCUAUUUGUUUUCACCUCAAAAUAGGUUCCGGGCCAACUGCCAGAAGGUCAUUGCACACAAGAUGUUUGACCACGUGGUCCUUGUCUUCAUCUUCCUCAACUGCAUCACCAUUGCGUUGGAGCGGCCGGACAUCGACCCCGUCAGCACGGAGCGGGUCUUCUUGAGCGUCUCCAACUACAUUUUCACGGCCAUCUUUGUUGCCGAGAUGAUGGUUAAGGUUGUGGCCCUGGGCUUCUUUUCGGGCAAACACACGUAUCUCCAGAGCAGCUGGAACGUCCUGGACGGGGUCCUGGUCUUCGUGUCCAUUGUGGACAUCAUUGUCUCCAUGGCCUCGGCCGGCGGAGCGAAGAUUUUAGGGAUCCUCCGCGUCCUCCGUCUGCUGCGCACUUUACGGCCUUUACGAGUCAUCAGCAGAGCUCCGGGUUUGAAGCUUGUCGUGGAGACGCUGAUUUCCUCCCUCCGCCCCAUCGGCAACAUUGUGCUCAUCUGCUGCGCUUUCUUCAUCAUCUUUGGCAUUUUGGGAGUGCAGCUGUUUAAAGGCAAAUUCUACUACUGCGAAGGGCCGGAUAUCCGAAACGUUUCCACCAAAGAUGACUGCAAAAGAGCCCACUACAAAUGGAUCCGGCGCAAGUACAACUUCGACAACUUGGGGCAGGUAAGGGGCAAAUGGGACCCCAAGGCCACCAUUGCUUUACCUUUCCCCAUCUCCGGCUCUCCUUUGUCCUCCCCUUGCCAUCAUCCCUCGCUUUUCUUUCCUCCACUGCUUCUGUGUUGGGCCGUUGGGGGAUCUCAGAGGCACCGUGAAUGCAUAUUAAGCAGCCGUUCCUGUUCUUGGCUGUGUCUUCACCUCCCUUUCUUCCCAGAAGCUCAGAGACGGCCGUACUACGCCAACUACUCGCCCGUCCGGAGGUACAUCCACACGCUUUGCCCAGCCCACUACCUGGACCUUUUCAUCACCUUCAUCAUCGGCGUCAAUGUCAUCACCAUGUCCAUGGAGCACUUCAACCAACCCAAGUCGCUGGACGAAGCCUUAAAGUACUGCAACUACGUCUUCACCAUCGUCUUUGUGAUCGAGGCUGUGCUGAAGCUGGUCGCGUUCGGGUUUCGGAGAUUCUUCAAAGACAGGUGGGAUCAAACUGGACUGGCCAUCGUCCUCCUGUCCAUCAUGGGCAUCACCUUGGAGGAGAUCGAGAUGAACGCGGCGCUGCCCAUCAACCCCACCAUCAUCCGCAUCAUGCGCGUGUUGCGCAUCGCCAGAGUGCUGAAGCUGCUCAAAAUGGCCACCGUGCGGGCCCUGCUGGACACCGUGGUCCAAGCCCUCCCUCAGGUAGGGAACCUUGGCUUGCUGUUCAUGCUCCUCUUCUUCAUCUAUGCCGCCCUCGGAGUGGAGCUGUUUGGGAAGCUAGACUGCAGUGAGGACAACCCUUGCGAAGGCCUCAGCCGCCACGCCACGUUCAACAAUUUCGGGAUGGCUUUCCUGACCCUCUUCCGGGUCUCGACCGGAGACAACUGGAACGGCAUCAUGAAGGACACGCUCCGCGAAUGUCACCGGGACGACAAGCACUGCCUCAGCUACCUGCCCUUCAUCUCCCCGGUCUACUUCGUCACCUUCGUCCUGAUCGCCCAGUUUGUGCUGGUCAACGUGGUGGUCGCCGUCCUGAUGAAGCACCUGGAGGAGAGCAACAAGGAGGCCAAGGAGGAUGCCGAGAUGGACGCCGAGAUCGAGCUGGAGAUGUCCCGGGGGGCCAGCACCCCAGUUCGAGGCCCCGAAAGCAGGCCGGUCACCCCCAGGAUGGGCUCCCCACUCCUGGUGAAACACCCAGCUCUGGACGUUGUCCCUGGCCUUGGAGAGCCCCAGAACCUUCUCACCGUCCGCAAGAUCUCCGUGGCCAGGAUGCACUCCUUGCCCAACGACAGCUACAUGUUCCGCCCAGUGAUGCCUGCCAAAGCCCCCUUCCCGCUCCAUGAAGCUGAGCUGGAGGCCUUCUCCUACAAGUCGCCACGAGGCUCCAUCACUUCGAUCCAUUCCCAACCAGUGGGGACCUGCUCCUCAUCGCUGAGGGUCCCCCGGGACAACUUCCACCCAAUGACUCCACCUCCGCACCACGAAGGGAUCCCCUGGAAGCUUCACCCUCCGCAGCCACCACCACUAUCUCCCAGCGUCCACAGGCUCCUGUGCAGACAGGAGGCGAUUCAGAGGGAUUCCUUGGAAGGCCAGGGGACGGAUUCAAAGGAGAGCACUCAAACGGAUCCCGUCGAACCCCGCCGGCUGAAGAAGCCGUCCCAGAGCUCCUUGGGGCCCCCUUUGCUCCAUCCGUCCCCCUCGUUGUCCCUUCCGGGGAGCCCUCCUCUCCCGCACGCUUCCCCGCAUCGGUCGGCGAGCCUCCGCACCCGCAAACACGCCUUCGGUCAGCACAACCUCCCCGGCGAUGACGCCCGCAACCCCAACGGCUCCCUCUUUGAGUCCUCGGACCUGGCCGACGAAGAGGUCAGCCACAUCAACAGCUCGGCGGAAGGGUGGCGGGACAGGGCGGACGGCAAGGACCGGUCCGAGUCCCCGCCUCCAUCCGCCGUCCCCGUUAAGAACGGCAGCACGUCCAGCUUGACCACGGCCGGAGGAGCCAAAGAGAAAGACCUGAAGAAGUUCUACAGCGUGGACACCCGGGGCUUCUUGGCCAAGCCGGCGUGGAGCGACGACCACCACCGGCGCCACUCCAUCGAGAUCUGCCCCUCCAUCGCCGACGGGGAGCGCAGCUUCUCGGAGGCGGCGCCGUUGUCCGAGGAGCGGAAACCCGCCCACUCCGAGUCCGAAUACAUCCACGGGGCGCGCCGCAAGAAGAAGAUGAGCCCGCCUUGCAUCUCGAUAGAGCCUCCCAUGGAGGAAGAGAAGAACACUUCGGCCCGCACCAAAGCUUCGGAGAACAGCCUCCUGAGGAGGAGGACCCCCUCGUGCGAGUCCACCGCGUACAGGGACCCUUCGGAGGCCGGUGAGAGCCAAACGGGGGACCCGGGCGCCAAGGCCGAGCGCCGCGGGGGGCCAGCGUGCCGCGGGGAGCUCUUGGCGGUGCCCAACUUCUCCUUCGAGGCGGCCGACGGCCCCGUUUCGAGCGGGGUUUCCGAAGCCGUGUCGUCGGAGGGCCCCGCGUCGGAAUCCUCUCCCGACGACGGCGUUUCGCUCGAACCGCAGAAAGCGGAGCACUCAAAGACCGAGGCCCGGAGACACGGACUCGUCCCGGCGACAGACGGAGAAGUGGACGAACCGGUAUAGCUCCUGGCGUUGAGUCAGGGGUGACGUUUCAAAGGGCUUUUCUUGCCACCGCAAGUGGCUUUGAAUCGGGAGGAAAGGUUGGAGAAAGUCACAACUCCGUGAUGGGACGCUUCGUUCCCCCUCCAAAAAAAAAAAAAUUACUUGCCUCUCUCUUUCUCUCUUUUCAGCGCUGUGAAGGUUUUGUUGUGGAUGUUUUCCAAUAAAAUCAAAGAGCAAGCUGGCUUUUUAAUAUAAAAAAAAUACAAAAAAAAGAAGCAAGGUUCAGGGUCAAGAAAGGCGGCUUUCCCCCUUUCUGAGCAUCAAAACAGAGUUAACUUUUCCAGUUUUUCUUUCUUCCCUGGCGUGGCCUCGAUCACAUUGAUUUGGGUUUUGAGCCUUUAUCUUUUUUUUUUAAAUAAUAAUAAUAGAAUUUGCAAAAAAAAGAGACUUUUUCGAACUUUUCGAAACGGCACCUUGUGGUUAGGAUUCAUUGCACGGAAGGUUGUUUUCACAAGGAAGUGCCCCCCGGGAGAUGCGAGUUGUAUAUUGUCUGUAUAUCAGCGGUUCAUUAUCAAUAGAAAAUAAUGUAUUUGAAUUUUUUUAAAAAGGGUAAAACUGAAAAAAAUAAUAAUAAAGGAAGGCCGACACGCAGGCACAACGGACCCGCACACGCAACGUACAUCCCCAUUCACACAAAACACUUUUCCUCAUUGUCGUGCACUUGUUUUAUUGAGAACGGUAGACCCGAUCCAGAUCCAGUUCUUUGCAUUUUCCCUUCGAAGCCCAUGGAAAAACUCAGGUUGCAACCGACUUCAUUCUGUGAUUUCCGAAAGAACAGACAGGCCACUGGAAACCCUUUUGCAAUAGCGCCGAUCCAGCUAAAGUAGACCAGUAAUCUCCCACUAAAGACCAGUAACUUGCCCCAUUUCAUUGAUGGGGUUUAGGGAUAUUUUUCCUUGUUUUUGGAAUACGUUUGGGGAACUUUCUGGGUGAUUCGGGGCCAAAAAUGAGCCAAAUAAUACUUGGAGUUGCUGUGAGUUGUCCAGGCUGUAUGACCAUGUUCCAGAAGCAUUCUCUCCUGACGUUUCACCCACAUCUAUGGCAGGCUUACCUAGUUUCCAACAAACCUCACAAUGUGUUGUCGAAGGCUUUCAUGGCCGGGAUCACAGGGUUGUUGUAUGUCUUCCGGGCUGUGUGGCUAUGUUCCAGAAGCAUUCUCUCCUGACGUUUCACCCACAUCUAUGGCAGGCUUACCUAGUUUCCAACAAACCUCACAACGUGUUGUCGAAGGCUUUCAUGGCCGGGAUCACAGGGUUGUUGUAUGUCUUCCGGGCUGUGUGGCCAUGUUCCAGAAGCAUUCUCUCCUGACGUUUCGCUCACAUCUAUGGCAGGCUUACCUAGUUUCCAACAAACCUCACAACGUGUUGUCGAAGGCUUUCAUGGCCGGGAUCACAGGGUUGUUGUAUGUCUUCCGGGCUGUGUGGCCAUGUUCCAGAAGCAUUCUCUCCUGACGUUUCGCUCACAUCUAUGGCAGGCUUCCUAGUUUCCAACAAACCUCACAACGUGUUGUCGAAGGCUUUCAUGGCCGGGAUCACAGGGUUGUCGUAUGUCUUUCGGGCUGUGUGGCCAUGUUCCGGAAGCAUUCUCUCCUGACGUUUCGCCCACAUCUAUGGCAGGCAUCCUCAGAGUUUGUGAGGUAUGGAUAAACUAAGUAAGGAAAGGAAAGAAUAUAUAUCUGUAGUAAGUAAGUUUAGUUUGUCCAUACCUCACAACCUCUGAGGAUGCCUGCCAUAGUUGUGGGCGAAACAUCAGGAGAGAAUGCUUCUGGAACAUAGCCAUACAGCCUGGGAAACUCACAGCAACCCAGUGAUUCCGGCCAUGAAAGCCUUCAACAACAUAUUAAACCUCCCCUGCCUAGUUUCCAAUAUAUCUUACAACCUCUGAAGAUGCCUGCCAUAGAUGUGGGCAAAACGUCAGAAGAGAAUGCUUCUGGAACAUGGCCAUACAGCCUGGAAAACUCACAGCAACCCGGUGAUUCCAGCCAUGAAAGUCUUCGACAACACAUCACUUGGAGUGUUACAUACAUAUACAGUAGAGUCUCACUUAUCCAACAUAAACGGGCCAGCAGAAUGUUGGAUAAGUGAAUAUGUGGAUAAUAAGGAGGCAUUAAGGAAAAGCCUAUUAAACAUCAAAUUAGGUUAUGAUUUUACAAAUUAAGCACCAAAACAUCAUGUUAUACAACAAAUUUGACAGAAAAAGUAGUUCAAUAUGCAGUAAUGCUAUGUAAUAAUUACUGUAUUUACGAAUUUAGCACCAAAAUAUCACGAUGUAUUGAAAACAUUGACUACAAAAAUGGCCUGGAUAAUCCAGAACGUUGGAUAAGCGAGUGUUGGAUAAGCGAGACUCUACUGUAUGUGUUUCUGUAUUAUGUGUGUGUGUGUGUGCGUAUGUAUCUAAAUGAAUCUCUCACUUAUCCAACAUCCGCUUAUCCAACUUGAUUAUCCAACGCAGUUUGCCUCCCAUGCCGAUUCUGCUGGCCCGUUUAUGUUGGAUAAGUGAGACUCUACUGUAUAUGUAUGUAUCUAGCAAUGGUCAAUCCAGUGACAUCACAAAAGGCCACUGCAUUGUUAUUGUCAUCAACAGCCUUUAUGGUGCAGCAGACACACAUAUAUUUUGACAUAUGCAUAUACACACACACGUACACAUCUCUCUCUGAAGUUUUCGGAUCAGAUUUCAACCGGAGAUGCUACUAACUUUAGCUGGAUUUGGGGCCUCCUUUGUCCAAUGAAUGCAGUUUGACCCUGUUUGAAUUGCCAUGGCUCAAUGCUAUGAGAUGAUGGGAGUUGCAGUUUGGUACUUGUUGAACCACAACUCCCAGCAUCCCCUCGCAUUGAGCCAUGGCAGUGGAAACUGCAUUAAUUCCACUGUGUAGACGCACCCUAUAACCCACUUAUCCCAGACUUUUUUUGACCUCAAUGGGGAAUGAACCAUGACGUUGUCUACUGUUUUCUUUCUUUUUUUCGGCCUCCUUUUCCUCUCCCGUUUGCCUCCUUCGUUCACCUCAAUGGACCUUUCCCGUGUCUUUUUCGGCAUCUCGUUCUCCGCCUCGUUUCCAUUUCAAACAACGAAAACCAAAAUUACUACUGAAUUGUAGCCAGUGCAAUAACAGAAAUAAUGUGAUUCUUACGGGCACCAAACCUGUCCUUUUGCUGAUGAUUAUUAUUUUUUUUUAAAUGUAUAAUCCAAUGAGGUUGGUUGGUUGGUUGGUCGGCUGGUUGAUUUUCUUCACAAAAAAAAAAAGACGACCUUCCCCUUCUCUGUUUUCUUACGGAAUUCAGGUUAAAUGUCGCAAUAAUCUGAACUGUUCAAAGUGCACAACGAGGGAGGAAGGACGGAAGGCGAGGGAGGUUUGUUUUGUUUCCCGAUGUCUAGGGGAAAUUACAAAAAAAAAACCCCACAAAUAAAUAGUAAAUUAUUUAA